AUGCCCUCAACACCCUGGACCAAACCGGACACCAGCACCCGUCCGAUCGCAAUAAUCGGCGCCGGAGUAAUGGGCCGACGCAUCGCAAUGAUGUGGAUAGCAGCCGGGUACGCCGUAACACUAUACGAAAAAUCCAGCCACAGUGCCGACGAAGCAGUCGAAUACAUAAACAGCAACAAAGAAGCACAAGCCAAGAAAAUGGGCACCAAGCCAGCCGAGAUAAAAGUCACCGCAUCACUCGAAGAGGCUUGUGAGAAUGCAUGGAUGGUGAUUGAAGCUGUACCCGAGAAACUGGAACUAAAAACCGAAGUCCUGGGCUCAAUUGAUGCACUUGCCCCGGCGGAUUGUGUCGUUACCACGAAUUCCUCAUCACUACGCUCAAGUCAGAUGCUCACGAAGACGAAAAAGAAUUACCGCAUCUGUAAUGGCCAUUAUUAUAUGCCUCCGGAACAAAUAUAUUACGAGAUUAUGUCGUGUGGACAGACGGAUGAGGCGAUUCCGCCGUUUUUGAUUGAAAAGGCGCGGAGUGCGGGUUUCAAACCUGUGUUUGCGCGAAAGGAGUCGACGGGAUUGGUGUUUAAUCGAAUCUGGGCGGGUAUUAAGAGGGAGUGUUUGCUUGCUAUGGCGGACGGGGUUACUGAUGGGAGGACGAUUGAUGAGAUGUUUAAGUCGUGGUUUCAGGCUGAGAAGGGUCCUUGUCAGAUGAUGGAUAAGGUGGGGUUGGAUACGGUUUACAAUAUCGAGGUGGUUUAUGAGAAGCAACUUGGAACGAAUCCUCGGGCGAAAGAUUGGUUGAAGGCGAAUUAUGUGGAUAAGGGAGACUUGGGAGCGAAAGGUGGAAAGGGAUUGUUGGGAUAG